AUGGAAAAGUUCGUGCAAGUACUAAAGUUGAAGACGAAGACGUUUAUCGUAUGGCUUAUUUUAUUAGCGGCUGUUGUCGUGACCGUCGCCAAAGAGGCUUCCGUGGAGGACAAGAAAGAUGCUAAGAAAGUAGAGAUACCGACCGUGGAAGGAAAAGGAGAAGCUGCCGCUGAGGCAGUCGUUGAAGAAGAGAAGGAAACCAAUUAUGAAGUUGAUAACCGAGGAGGAGGAGGAGGAUGGAAGGGAGGCGGUGGCCGAGGGGGAGGAUGGAAAGGAGGCGGUGGUAGAGGCGGAGGAUGGAAAGGAGGCGGUGGUGGUGGAGGAUGGAAGGGAGGUGGUGGUGGAGGUGGAGGAUGGAAGGGAGGUGGCGGUGGUGGAGGAUGGAAAGGAGGUGGUGGAGGUGCUGCCGAGUUGGACACCGAGGAGAUAAAUGGUGGUUCAGAAGAUGUACAAACGUAUAGAGGCGGCGGUGGCCAAGGUGGAGGAUGGAAGGGAGGCGGUGGCCAAGGUGGAGGAUGGAAGGGAGGCGGUGGCCGAGGUGGCGGUUGGAAGGGAGGCGGUGGCCGAGGUGGCGGUUGGAAGGGAGGCGGCGGCCAGGGUGGAGGUUGGAAGGGAGGCGGCGGCCAGGGUGGCGGUUGGAAGGGAGGUGGCGGUCGAGGUGGUGGUGGCGGUGGAGUGUAGAGUCAACAUCUCGACUAAUAACUACAAACUAAAUAAUAAUACGUAUAAAUGUAAGUGAACUAUCAUAAAUAACGUUUGAUGCACGGUUAAUUAGCCGAUGCAUAGCUACAUAGCCUAGCCCGAAGCUUAGAGGUCGUGUAAGUAAUAUCUUUUUCUCUGCGUAUAAUCAAUAGUUGCUGUUGGGUUAAUUUUAUUUAACCUAUC